ACAGAUGCAAUGCGAGUGAAGGAAAUGGCGGCUGAGCAGGACGAACGUUUCCCGUCCUAGAUUCUGCAAAAGCGUUACAUUCAUAUAGCCUUAUCAUCCGCUUUCAUUUGCUCUCUACUGCACUUUAAAACUUUACGAGAGAUUUGGAUGCUGUUGUCACCAAAGACGUUGACAGAGAAGAAACAGAUUUGUCCACUUUCUCUAGUCACAAGUGGACAUUGUAGAUGCAUUGAGACACUUGAAAAGGCUGUGUUUGAGUGACUGUCUGUCUCGGCUGGCCACUUCUGAGCUGACGACCUGAGCCGCAUGUUAAUGCCAGGUGUCAACGGUGCCCCUGAAAGCCGGAACCUUCCUGUAUGUGCCAGAACAUACGGAGUGCAGUUCCUGCCAGCCUCAGUCUGCCGAUUGCAAACAGCACCACCUCUGUCAAAUCCUGCGCCAUCAGCGAUGCCAACUGGCGCCGAAACCGCCAACGCCCGCCACAUCUCAGCCGGAUUCAACUGCUGAAAGUUUAGCGCCGUGUCGCGGCUGUCGCCGCCAUCCUGGGAACUCAAGUGCAGCUCACGUCCAUUCACAGAGGGAAGCAAAACACUGAGGGGCCUGAAGUAUUCUGCACCAAAGCUCACGUCUCAGGCAUGGCUCCCAUUCGGGACUCGGUCAGCCACUCCCCUAACCCAACAGGUUUGGAUCACGCUGGUCUGGACCCUCAGUAUGAGAAUUCACCCUGGAGCUCUGGCUCACCCUGCAGUGACUCAAACAGCAACUGGGGCAAAGUGAUUGUAGACAGCUGUGAUAAGGGAGCCUGGCCUUCCAUCACUGGUAGUGACCCUGAGCUGGCCUCAGAAUGUAUAGAUGCUGACUCUGUCUCCAGCUCUGGGUCUGAGAAAAACCUCUGCAUGAUGGCGUCUGGGAUUGCUGGUGGUGACAACAAUGGCAAUAGGCAAGGCAGCAAUCAAGGUUCUCAUUUUAUGGUUGCAAAAAGCAGCAAUAAUGUGGCUAAUGGGAGUGUUAAGGGUCCUUGGGGCUCAGUGCUAAGCACAAGUCAAGGUUCUGGAGAGAGCCCCAGUGACAAACUGGCAGAAGGUGGUCAUGGAAAAAUGAAUGCAUGGGGUACCCAAGGUCCCUCGACUAAUGGAGGUGUAAAUCCAAGCACUUUGAACCCAAAUGCCAACCAUGGUGCCUGGCCUGUUCUGCAGAAUGCUGCUCCCAACUCCCACGGGGCUUUAGGCAAUGGGAACGGGGGUGCCAACACUCAACGAAGCACCAUAGGUCAAGUGCCCAACAAGAUGUCUUGGGGAGGCCUGCAGGAAAAGGUGGUCGACCCUGAAGUCAAUGGUACAAACAAGGUUCUAAGUGGGCAGCCUCAAAACCUUAACACUGAAUUUAACGGACCAAAUAACACUACUAACCCUUUGACCUCUAGUUUACCAAACUCUACAGGCUCACUGCAGAUGAACGAACGAUCCUGGCCUGUGAGCACAGGGGGAUCCCCUCAGCUCCAAACUUCUCCUGUCUCUAAUGGCACUUCCAUUUCACAGAAUGGCAACAGCGAGGGGAUGAACAGCGGGUCCUACGGUACAGCAUGGGGUGCUCCGCCCAGCACUACUUACUCUGGAGACAAAUGUUCUGUCCCAAAAGGCCAAGCUGUGGGCGACACUGUGAAUGCAACUCUAAUGCAGUCCGGAACUAAUGGAUCUUCUGUGAGCGCUGCUUCUUUCAAAAAUAAUAAUAAUAACGGGAUCAUCAGUUGUGGAGGAGGCUGGGACUCUCAGUCCACUGCCUCUCAAAAUUUGACUUGGGGAGCAGGCAACAGCAUUGGUGCUGCUGGAGCCUCAUGUCCCUGGGGUAGCACCUCCUCUUCCUCGUCAUCCUCCUCAACGUCUUCAAACACUGGCACUAAAGUCUCGAGUGGGGAGUGGGGCUCAUUGCCAAGCAACAAUCAGCAUUCCAGUGAUGGCACAAGCGAGAGCAGGAAGGGAACAAAUGGAUGGAAGUCCUUGGAAGAUGAUGCUCUUGGAAUAGGGAGCGGUGGUCAGUCAUCCCAAGGCAGCACAUGGAACAAAUCUACAGGGAGUGAAGGAAGUGGAGAAAGCUUGGGAACUCAUAGUGAUAGGGAUGGACAGCGCAGUGGCAACCGCAGGAGGGGCAACCAGCAAACUUUGGUACAAGCAGCUCUCUCAAGAACCGAUAUGGACCCAAGGGUGCUAUCCAAUCAAGGAUGGGGACAGACCCCAGUCCGUCAAAAUACUGCCUGGGAUGUAUCCAGCUCUGAGAGGAAGACAGCAAAUGGGUCCCAAGGAUGGGGUGGUGUUUCACCCCAAACGUCAAGCUCCCAAAGUGGAUGGGGAGACACACCCAACACCAACACUAAUGAUGGUGCAUCUGGAUGGAGCGAGCAAAAGCCUACCUCUGGUUGGAGGGAGACCAAAGCUCAGAAUGGCUGGGAAGACUCUUCAGCUGGCAUGAACAAGGCUAAUUCAUCUUGGGGUAACUGCAAGGAUGACAAAUCAUCUUCCUGGAAUAAUGGACAAAAGACGAAACAAGGUUGGAGUGGAUCUUCUGGAGAGGGUUGGGGUGGAGAAGGAUCAAGAGGAAACCACUGGGGGGAGGCACAGAAGUCUGGAUCUGGAGGGUGGGAUAGUGACAGCGACCGUUCCGGUUCAGGUUGGAGUGAGACAGGGCGUUGUAACACAAACAACACUUGGGGAGGAAGCGGAGGCACUAUCACUCCUGACCAAGGUGGUCAAUCAGCUGGAUGGGGAGAAUCUGUGAAGACUAACAAUCAGAACCAAGGCUGGGGUGAGCCAAUCAAACCAAGUCACUCCAACCCAGCCUGGGGUGAAGCUACAAAAUCCAGCAACCAGUCAGAAUGGGGAAAAGGCCAGGAUGCCAACACAGGGACCUUCAGAUCAGGAAAUGGCUCUCAAACUGCAGCCAAAACCAAGCCGACUGGAUGGCUGGGAGGUCCAGUGCCUGCUGCUCUAAAAGAAGAGGCGCCAACAGGUUGGGAAGAGCCCUCUCCUGAAUCUAUCCGGCGCCGCAUGGAGAUUGAUGAUGGCACUUCCGCAUGGGGAGAUCCAAGCAAGUACAACUACGGCAAUGUGAACAUGUGGAACAAGAAUAACUCUGGAGAGCAGGAUAUUUCAAAGCAACAACCACCUCCUCCUGCCCCAAGCUCCAUGGGGCAAAAAGAGAAGAGCUGUAGCUCAGGAUGGGGAGAACCUUAUACGGGGCCUCAAAAAGGGGAGUCUUCAUCAUGGACAGAUCCUGCGGUGGACGUCGGUACAUCUGCAUGGGGAAAGCCAAUGGAUUCCGGGUCAAGCUGGGAGGAUCCAGGACGAGAGAACACCGGAAAUGGGUGGAACUCCCAACAUCAGCACAAAUCUGGACCGAAGCCUGUGCAGAACAGCUGGGAUGGGGAGAUGGCGAUGCCUGCUCCCUCUAACUGGGGGGAGGAGGAGGAAGAGGUGGAGAUCGGCAUGUGGAAUAAUAACACACCACAGGAAGUGAAUCAGUCAGGAAACUGGUCCUACUCGAAGAAGGUCCCUCCAAAGAUGAACAAAGGCACUGGGAAGCCUGACGAUCCAUGGAUGAACCAGUUUGUGAAGCAGUUCAACAGCAUGAAUUUCCCUAGGGAUUCUGAAGACUCCCUGAAGAGCAAUAAGAUGGACAUGCCUGCAGGAAUGAUGGAUAAGAGAAUGGAUGUGGAUAAGCAUAGUGUUAACAUGCCAUCAGCCUCACGCCACCCGAUCCACAAAGAUCCGUCGCCCAUCGAUCGCAACUCGUACAUGGAGAAGAAUGUAAACAUGUACGGUGGUGGACACGCAGCAGCACAAGGCCGAAACUCCCAGCAGCCUCCAGCACAACCUCUGAACUCGACUCAGUCCAAUUUACGCAACCAAGUGCCUCCUCCACUGCUCCCCUCUCAGGUCCCUCCGUCAUUGUUAAAGUAUCCACCCAAUAAUGCCGGUCUGAAUACAAUUUUUGGCCCUCAGCAGAUGGCUAUGCUCAAUCAGCUCUCUCAGCUCAACCAGCUCUCUCAGCUCAAUCAGAUAAAUCAGCUACAGCGUCUCCUUCAGCAGAAAGCUCAGAGUCAGAGAGUCAUGACUGGCAACAACCGGCAAACCCAAGAACAGCAGGGUCGUGUUUUUCCUGGAGGUGCCAUGGUCCCGCCUCCUCGUCAUGUGGAUCCACCCCUGCUGAAGCAGCACUCCCCACCACAGCCUGCAUCACUGCACCAGCCCAAACCCUAUAUGGACAACUUCAUCAGCCUGAACACACCUGACUUGCACAAAGAACACGCACUCAAUUCUUUCACCAACUUCCCUUUAGGCUUGGCCUCAAACUUGAAUGUAAACAGUCCUGACAUUGGGAGUGUUGGGUUCAAAGAGCCACAGUCCCGUCUCAAGAAGUGGACCGCAAUGGAUAUGUCUCUUAACACGCCACUUGAUCAAAACCCCAGCAAACCUGGUGCUAUGUCCUCUCUGAGGAUUGAAGACCCUCCCUUUGGUCCGUAUGACUUUAUAAACUCCAGUAAUUCUCCCAUCAGCCCUCCCGGUUCAGUGGGGGACGGCUGGCCCACUCGUGCCAAAUCACCUCAUGCAUCCUCUAAUGUCAACUGGCCACCAGAGUUUCGUCCCGGUGAGCCAUGGAAAGGAUACCCGAACAUCGACCCUGAGACAGACCCGUUCGUCACUCCUGGCAGUGUGAUUAACAACCUCUCCAUUAACACAGUGCGGGAUGUUGAUCACCUCAGGGACAGGAACAAUGGGCCAUCCUCAUCACUAAACACCACGCUGCCUUCCAACAGUGCCUGGACAUCCAUUCGUGCCUCCAACCACAGUAGUUCCCUCAGCAGUACAGCACAAAGCACUUCAGCCAGAAGCAGUGACUCUAAAUGGUCUCCUGGUUCAGUGUCUAACUCCUCUUUAGCUCAUGAGCUGUGGAAGGUCCCUCUGUCGUCUAAAGGCGUCUCUGCUCCGUCCCGUCCCCCACCCGGCCUCACCGGGCAGAAGCAGCCCUCCUCCUGGGGCAAUGGCGCACUGAGACUCGGUGCCUGGGGCAGCUCUGAACCCAGAUACACUCCAGGCUCCAGCUGGGGUGAAAGCAGCUCAGGGAGAACCAACUGGCUUGUUCUCAAAAAUCUCACACCUCAGAUCGAUGGCUCUACCCUGCGUACUCUGUGCAUGCAGCAUGGUCCACUCAUCACAUUCCACCUGAACCUGCCACAUGGAAAUGCUCUUGUCUGCUACAGCUCAAAGGAGGAGGCGGCAAAGGCUCAGAAAUCACUGCACAUGUGUGUGUUGGGGAACACUACGAUCCUGGCUGACUUUGCAAGCGAGGAGGAGAUAAAUAGAUUUUUUGCACAAGGCCAGUCGAUGUGCGUGUCUGCGGGCUGGCAGGCGCUGGCGUCUUCUCAGAGCCGACUCUCGUCAGACGCCUUUUCCAGCGGCGGUGGAGGUGAGCUGCACCCGUCCUCCUCACUAUGGGGGGCACCCAGCUACUCCAGCAGCCUUUGGGGAUCCAGCGCCUGCCCCGAUGGGGGCAAUCGGCUCAGCAGCCCCUCCCCCAUUGCUUCCUUCCUGCCGGUGGAUCACAUGACAGGAAGUGGCGACUCCAUGUAAUGCAUCACAACACAACAAAAAAGAAAACCCUGUGACCUCAGCGUGGCAUAGCUCAUCCGAAUCAUGACUAUAUAGAUUCUUUAUGGAGAAAGAAAAAAAAAAUCUAAAGGCACUAGUUUCUUCACUUACAAGCGUAAUAAUAAUAUUAAUCAUAAUAAGGCGGGGUCAACCUGUGGAAGUAAGUUACGACUUUUUUUGUUUUUGAUUUUUUUUUUCUUUUUUCUCUCUGCACAUAUGUCCACUUUGUUUUAGCCCAAAAACAAAAACAUAUCAGUGUGAAUACUUGAAUCAUGCAGGCCAAUACGAUAAUGUGAAAGGAUGCGUUUUAAACCUUCCAGGUCGUGCUCUUCAUGCAGACAUACAGGAAAAAACAAAAUCUUUCAGCUUAUUCAAUGUUUAUCUGAAUUCCAUUUCUUUUCAUUUCUUUUUUUUUUUUUUAAAUGUGUCGUUGUUUGCUGACAAUGUUUGAGCUUUUUUUUUUUUUUUUUUAACUUUGCACUGAAUGUGGUUUUUCUCAGUAUAUAACUCUGCAAUAUCGAGGGAGCCGACAGUUCCAGUGUAGAUGUUUACUCAAGGAUGUUCUUAAAAUGCGUGUGUGUGUGUGUGUGUGUGUGUGAGCGCAUGAGUGUGUGUGCUCUACUAUGCCUUGACGUACGCCUACCUUAUCGUGGUAUUGUGGAGUCUGAGAUCAAGUUAAGAUGCUGACCUUUAGGAUUACCUGAUGGUGAUAUUACACGUUAAAUGAGUAUUGCACCAAUUUAUCUUUUUUCUUUCUUUUUUUUUUCUUCUUUUUUUUUUUUUUUUUUUUUGUGUGUGUUUUAAAAGAAAACUAAAGAAUUUAGCAUUCUGCAGUCUAAAGAAACUGUAGCCACAGCUGUGACUCGCAAAAAAAAAACAAAAAACAGCACUUUGAAGAUUUGGAUUACUUUGGUCUUUUUUGGAGGCACCACAUAGGGUUCCUCUUGUUUACAGACUUUGGAUGGGGGAAACGUACGCUCAUUCUUCCUUCAUUUUAAAUGAGUAACAGAAAAUGCACAAAAACCUUUAAAAAAUUAUAAAAUAAGGAAAAAAAAACGAAUUUAAAAAAAAAAAAAACUAAAAUUUUUAAAAAGUUGAAAAAAAAAAAAUACAAACAAACUACAGAAACUGUUGUGGAUGAAGACGAUGCCGUGUAUCUCUGGGAAAUACUGAUCAGUGUUCGGCCAUGCCGUCGGUUAUUCGAUGUAUUCCUGUCGUCUGCUCAAUAACCAGCAUGGUUCUCAGGAAAUAUAGCCAGUUUUUUCCCCCUUCAAAUAAAAACCCCUAAUUGUAGGAAAAAAAAAAUCAACUUUUAGCACUGAAACGACUACUUGGAGCUGAGUGCGUUUAUUUUCUCUGCCAAAAACCUGCUUUAAGCUGGAGACAUUCUACACACCGUCGCGCUCAUUAACUGCCCCACUCACUUCCUUUAUCUAAUUCUGCUCCUUUCUAUUCUACACUUCAUUCGUUUUAUUAGUUCUCCUAUUAUUUACUCCUCUUUGGAGUUGUUGUUUUUUUUUCCCCUCCCUCUUUUAGCGUUUUAUUUUUCUCUUUCUCCUUGUCAUUUUGCAUUUAGUUUUUUGGUCUCAUCUGUUCUUCUCCCUCAGUGUUUGUUUAAAAGGAAAGAAAAAGCAGAAACUAUGCAUUUCCUGUAGCUCUGUGACGGAAUUGCUUUUUCUUUUUUUUAAAGCUGAAGUUUUCCCAAAAGGCAUUUUGUAUAGCCGAUUGUAGACGAACCUUCAUUGUUUUUUGUUUUGUUUUUUUUUCUUUCCCCAACAUCGCCACAGUCGGCAGUUCGUUUAACUUUUAAGUAAUCUACAUUUCAUUAAAAUGUUUUUUUUUUUUUUUGUUUUGUUUUUUUUUUUGUUUGUUUCCCGAAGAUGAUGCAACACCGUGGCUUUUUAACUGUUUACAAAUAGAGUAUGAUUGUAAUGUGUACAGGUCUCUGAAGUUCUUUUACAAUAUGGAUCAAUCUGGCUGCUCGUGUCAUUACUAUUAUCAUUAUGAUUAUUAUUAUUAUUAUUGUCGUGUUUUUCCCUUUGGUUUCUCAGCGCUGGUGUGUCGGUGUGUGAACAGCUGGAGCCUCUGAUUACGCCCUCAGAGGGGAAUGUAACCUAAACACACGUGUUAGUCAUGUACAUAACCAUUAUAUCGCAUUGUUGAUGCACAGAGAUGUCAGCAUUAGGCGAAGCCAUGGACCUUAAUGUGUGUGUGUGUGUGUGUGUGUGUGUAAGCUGUUAAUGCUCCCUAUUGUGUGUGUAUGAGGAGAAAGAUAUAUCCAUGUUUAAACCCAUGAGUAUUAGCCUUUCUUUUGCGACUUUAUGCUGCGUGUGCCAGUAUUGAACCGUUUUAAUAACCGCUUUACCAAAUCGAACUUUAAUCAAAAGCUUCUUUGCUGAACGAUUCCACAUUUCCAUUAAAAAAAAUACAAAAAAAGGAGAAAAAAAAAAAUCCCAAAAUGCCUUGCGCUUGCACUUGGUGUGAACAGCCGCUGAUUAAAGCGUUUGUGCACGCAGAGUGUAGCUGUAGAGAGUGAGAGGAGGAUUGUGUUGUGCUCGUGUGCACGUGUGUCAUUACACCCUGCUCAUGAUUGUACCCUGCUGUAACACACACACUUCCGUCGUGUUACUCCUCAUCUUCCGUGACAUGCUGGUGCUCCAGACUUUUGCGUGCGCGCGUGCAGAUUGAAGUCCACAGUGUCUGUUACACCUCAAGUGUCCAUGACUACAGUCCUCUUUAUCUAGAAAUUAGCUGUGUGUGUGUGUGGAAAAUGCUCAGCAGUGGUUUAGUUGCCUUUUUUUUGGUCCCCUCUUACAAUAAUGCAGACUAAAUGAGUGUUGGUGCUGGUUUGAUCAGUGUGUGUUCGCUUCGUCUUUAUGUUCAUUUAUCGUUCAUUAUGUGCAGUGUUAAUUCCACUUUACACACACUUUUUUUGUUUUUGUGCGUGUGGGAACGAACAGCAGUGGAUCUUCCUCGACUUCCCCGUCCCAGUACACACACUCUAUCCAUAUAGUCUCCGUUACACUCUUUAACUACAUGCGUCCAUUACUACACUGCUGUUUAUUCACCCAGAACACGUGUGUGUGUGUGUUUAAUAUGGAGAAAAAUCCUCUGAGCUUUAACAAUGGUUCUGUUUUGUGCUCAAUUCCUCCAACUUGCUGACUGAAUCUGAAGGGGGGAGGGAGGGAGGGGGUGGGGUGCUUUGAGUCUCAUAGCCACUGAGUUUCUUUCGUGUUUUUGUCGUCUUGUAUUUGUGUUUGUCUGAACGAGAAAACAGUUCUGUAAUCCACUGUCAUGCCAAAUGUAGAGAGGAAGUGCAGGAGGAAAGCGUGUGUGUGUGUGUGUGUGUGUGCGCAUUCUAACUGGAUGGCAAUGUACAAUCCCCAUAAUGCAUAACGGCAGCCGGGUGAAUGGGGUGGGGGGUGGGGGUGUAAUCUGGCAUAGACAUUCUACUUUUGUACUGAAUGAUUUGUUUCUAAUUGAUCCUGUGAGAGAAUCAUCACAGUGUGUGUGUGUGUGUGUGUGGUGUUUAAUUUUUAUUUCUUUUUAAAACAAAUAUCGUUCCUACUGUUUGCAAUUUUUGACUUUAAACUGUGAGAGCGUCUCGCCGUCGGUUGUCGUCGUUCCGAUUCUCGAUUGACAAAAACCCUAAAAGCUUUAGAAAAGAAAAAAAACCAGCACAAAGAGGCCGAACGAGAAACUCUUCCAUCCUGGAGAACAUUCGGAGAACGUCUAUGCAUCGAAGGACGAGGCUUCCAUUAGAAUAAUGUGUGUUAACGCUUAAGGAACAGAAUCAAAAUAAUCCCAAGUGGAAUUUAAGGGUUUUUAAAGAAAAGAAAAAAAUCCUUCAAACGCACGUGCCAUGACUGACAUCCGUAUAUUUUUUAUUUUUUAUUUUGGUGUUUUCUUCUCCAAAAAUAAAGCGGGCCAGUUGUAGCAGACUUUUGGAGCAUUAUUCGUGUUGAUGUUAUUGUUAAAUGUUAAUUCAGCGACUUCAUGACACUCCUCAGCUGCAAAAAUGUCCAAAAAAAAAAAAAAAAAAGUUUUUAAACUGAAAAUCCACCAUUCUGGUUUUAUGCUCACACAAAUGCGCGCAUCCUCGGUAUGCACACUGCUUCGCUAGGACUGUUUUUGAAAUAUACAAAGAUUUAAAAACGUUGCAGAAAUGACCUGAGCGAGCAGGAGGUCUCCUCAGCGUCCCUGCUGCCGUCUUUAGCAUCAAUGUGUUUAGCUUGGGGGGGAAACUGCACUUUUUGAAGGACAAUCCUUAUUUGUAACGGUCAUUGUUAACAAUAUUUAGUCGAAUAAUAACGAGAACACAAGGUAGAAACUCUUGUAGUGAUGAAUGUUUCCUCUAAUGCUGUUUUUAUUUUCCUCUUUUUGUUGCUUGGUUUUCGAAUUAAGUGGAAUAAAGCCGUAGAGUAGGUUUUUAGCUCUUUUUUUUUUUGUUUGUUUGUUUGUUUUUUUUGUUGUUGUUGCCUCUACUUGUAGACUGAUUAACUGUUUGUAUUGUUCUGAUCUUAAUAUCAGAAUACAAAGCUGUAUAAACCUGGGUGCAACCCGCAAUAAAUAAAUAAAAAGUCUAACAUUGAA